GCAAUUCAUAAACACGGGCGACACACACCUCCCCAGUCAAACACGAGACGAGCCACACCCCAUAGAGGAACAUGUCACCACCAAAACGUGACAGUACUGCUGGGUGGGUCUCCUCGCUCCCGAAAUAAACCGGUGAGGCUGUGGCGGUGGCACUGUCUCCCACACCGCGCCUCCAGUGCCCGCGGUGCCACAGUGCCAAGGCGACGACCCCUCGAGGAAAAGCCGCUGAUCACCAAGACAGAGGGCCUCCUCCUCCCGCCGCCUCUCCCCCCAAGGGCCAUGAUGCAGGGUCCCUCCGUCGGCUGGAGCGCUGGCUCGGGAAGGCCCACCGUGAUCCAGCCGUCCGCCUACCGCUCGACAGGCAGCAGCGGCAUCGACUGCAUGUGCUGCACUUGCUGCCCUUGCAUCAACCUGGGCUUCAUCAGGACCAAGGCAGGAUGGCUCAAGGUUAUGGAGUUGGUGCUGUCAGCGAUCUGCCUGUUCUUGGUCCUUGACUACGGCAUGCCUUAUGCGACAUCUAUUGGCGAAUCUUUUCACUUCUUCCUCGUCACGAAUUCUGCCUGCAUCUUCAUGGUCAGUCUCCUUACCUUCUGCUACAUCAUACUCGGCGUUCCUCAACCUCAUCAGGUCUUCCGUGCUGGAGACCGUCUUCAACAUCUUGGCCUGCAUCUUGUACCUGCUGUCCUCCUCCCACCUGUCUUGGGCGGUCCAGACCUGGCUUUGGCCUCAAUAUAGAAUCACUCCUUACUACACGGUCUAUCCAGCUAUGACCGCAUGCUAUGUUUUGGGUCUUGUGCUCGGCGUCAUACACGGGGUAGAUGCUUGGCUCUCCUACAGGAAUCUCAAAGGAAGGCCUUGAUCUCGCACGAGGGAGCAGCUGAUAGCACUUCGACGCAACGCCAAAAUUCUAAUGUUUUUUACUUAAUACGAAAAUUGAAACGUUUUUUUUUACUGGAAACGAAAAUUGAAACUUAUUAAACUUGACAGGUAAACUGGAACGUUUUUUUACUUGACACGAAAACCAUAACGCUUUGAUUGUGUCUUUUGCGCUUUUUCAUAUUUAUUUUGAAGAAAAAAAUACCAUUUGUAUAAAUACAACUUCUCAUGAUGUU